UUGCCGCUCUGCAGCCUGUAUUUUGAACAUAAAUAGGGAUAGAGUAGUUUUUUCUUCCCCAGAAAGCGGAGGCUGUCAGACGCAAGACACUUUGUGCCGCCGCGCUCUGACCCACAACAACUAUGCCUCGGAAGGGCUGAAUUUUUGGACAUUUUCACCCGCUCCCAUUUCUUGUUUGGACACUAUGUUUCCGUAACUUUUUUUACGCAGCAGGCUAAAUGCUGUGCUCGCCGGUUAGCUUCCAACUCCUUCUAAUUGGCGACAAUCAAAUUCCACUUAAAAGUACCUAAAAGCACCAAGACAGCAGCUCGGAUAUCUCGACGAAAAACAUGGAUAAACUUUUAGGCAGCAUUCGUCCGCUGGGCGCCGAGGUAAGGAGCAGGCCCGACGACAUCCCCGGCCUUUCCUCGUUGUCUCUGCCGGACGGGAACCACGCGCCGGCCCAUUGCAGGACGCUCUUUUCACCGGGCCCCGCUGUCGUUCACUCGCCUGUCACCAAUUUAGCUUUGGACAUGAACAAAUUGGUGGGACUCGGGAGCCAGGGUGAUACGCCGAAGAGGCGCGAGUAUGCGCGCCUGGAGAAGGCGCCCUCCUUCGCCUCGGAUGUCUCCUCUGAUGCUGGCCUCGGCAUGGAGUCCCCCAGUCCCAUCGACAUCCUGGAAAUGGAGGACGCGUUCGAGAAGGCCAUUCAGCAGUCCAGUAGAGUCGACCAGAAAAUGCCCCUCAGACGGAACAAUUCCUUACCGCUUCAGCUCCUUUGCUUCAGUCCGUCCCUGAAGGGGUCCCAAACGGAGGCUAAUCGCUACGGAAUAUUUGGCCAGCAGCCCGGCGGUGAGGCUGCGUCCCCGACUCAAUGGGACAACAAGGAAAACAUCUCCAAGGAGUGCUUUGAGUUCAAGAAGCCCAUCAAGCCGGCGUCCCGGCCCCGAAUGCGCUCCUUCGUUUCCUCCAGAGACGCUUUCGCCCAGCGCCCAGGCUCAGCGCCUGCCCUCAUGCUGUCGUCGCCGCUGCAGUCUGUCGAAGCCAGUCCGCCGUUCCCGAGACUUUCUUCCCUGGCAUCCUCGCCCGACGAAGACGACGGCUUCCUUGAAGCGCUGGAUGACGACUCCAAGAAUACGGCCGAUGUGCCCCGAGGGAUGGCAGACUUGCUCACGGCGCCCCUAGUAGCCGACGGCUUCGGAGAGGACUCACCCGUGAUCCGCUGGCGGCCGCGCAGCCUCUUCCGCUCGCCGUCCGCACCUGGUCCGAGUACGUCUCGAGCCUGCGCCAAACGUCCCGACUGCCCGGACGACGACAACAUGCCCAUGCAGAUCAAGCGGCGCCGGAGCCUGUCAGGUUCCCGAGCGGAGGCGGACGACGCGGCAAUCGUCGACUCCCCCGCGACAACUCGCUCGCCGCUGCAGAGGUCCAAAUCCUUUUGUCAGUCGGAGAUUGACAGAGUUCUGGAGAGGAACGACGAAACCCCGGAUCUUAUCGGAGACUUUACCAAACCUUACGCACUGCCGACGGUGGACGGAAAACAUCAGGACCUCAAAUACGUCACGCCGGAAACGGUUGCGGCCGUCAUGAAGGGCGACUUCAGUCGCGUGGUGGAGCAACUCGUCAUCAUUGACUGCCGCUACCCUUACGAGUACAAUGGGGGGCACAUCAAGGGUGCAGUGAAUCUUUACCUGGAAGACGACGUUCAGGACUUCUUGUUGCGGACGCCGUUGGCGGCGCGGCCGGAGAAACGCGUCAUUGUGUUGUUUCACUGCGAGUUCUCGUCGGAGCGCGGGCCACGCAUGUGCCGCUUCGUGCGCCAGAAGGACCGCUCCCUCAACGACUACCCCAAACUCCACUACCCCGAACUCUACGUGCUAAAAGGAGGCUACAAGGAGUUCUUCCCCCUCUUCCAGACACAAUGCGAGCCAGAGUCGUACCGUCCCAUGAUGGACGAGGACUUCCGCGAGGACCUGAGGAAAUUCCGUCUGAAGAGUCGCUCCUGGGCCGGCGAGCGCAGCAAGCGGGACAUGUACAGCCGCCUCAAGAAGCUGUGAGCCUCCCCACUCCAAAUCCCCUUUUAUACUAAAUUGAUUCAAACAAUCACUGCCAAACCACUUUUACAAUGUCUCAGUACUUAAAUGCUCAACCAGAAAGUUAGCGCAUUUUUCUUCUCUCCACACUGCCGUGUUAAAUGUUUUUUUUUUUUUUUUUUUUUUUUUUUUUUU